UCUAAAUUGGUAAAUAUUUACUGUGGUCCGUCCCGGCAAUUCACUGUACUCCUUCCUUCUCCCUCCCUAAUUUUCUUUCUCCUUUCAAAUUCUGUUAAGGCGUAUCAAACCCUAAUUCCCAAACCCGACCCGGAACCCCUUUUUAUCAAACCCUAAUUCCUCUUCUGUUCCUAGAUAUAUAUACUGAAAGUAUUUGAGAAUGGGAACAAGUAUAAAAGAUCAAACUAACCCUGCAUUCGAGGCGAUAGCACGUAGAGAAGCUUUCGAGCUUCACUUACAACAAAUGAACAAUAAUAAGAGACUUUCAGACAAGAACAGAGUGGAUCAAGGCUCUGCGAGUUUGAAGCGCACGAAUCAGCAAAUAUCGUCGUCCACAAAUGCUGCAAACACGCCAUCCAAGAAAGGAAAGUAUUCUUUUACUGGGCAAACGUCUACACGAGACACCGAAGCAGAUCAUCCUAUAUAUCUUCCACUCUCUCACCCUGUACAUGAGAAGUUAGCAAUGCCGAAUCCUGAGGUAAAUGUGGUCGACAAGAUUUUGCAUGAACUUUUGCAGAGUGGUGAUUCUGCCCAGAAUUACGUCCAAGGAUCUAGAAGAAUGAAAAUCGACAAUCUGGUUCAUCUUGAUAAUAAAGUACAAAAACGCAACAUGUCUGGCAUGGCACUUGCAGACGCUUUACGAAGUCACUCAAAGAGAUCAAAGAAACACAUGUCCAUGAAACAACACAAGAAACAUGGAUCAUUGGAUUUUCCUCUAGAGCUUCACAAUUUUGAAAAGUUUAAACCAAUGCAUGAAAUGUGGAAAGGCUACAUAAUGCAACUCCUAAAAAACGCUGGGAAAAGUCAAAUGGCUCAGUGUCUUCUUAGUGCAGAUCUACAUGGUGCUCAUAUUUUAGUCGCAGACUGCAGAAUGGCUGACUUCAAGGGAGUGAGUGGCAUCAUGAUUCGUGAAACUGCUGAAACAUUUGGAAUAAUUACAAAAGAUAAUAAAUUUAAAGUUGUCCUGAAGAAGAUUUCUGUAUUUAUGCUUCAAGUUGAUUGCUGGAAGAUUACACUAUAUGGAGAUAAACUCACUUCCAGGAAAGUUGGCCAAUGAUGCAGAUAAUGGAGAAUUAGAGACAUUGCCAUAGAUGGUAAGUUAAAUAAGACUGAAAUCUUACACAUUUUGGUCAAGAGUCACCGCAAUAUAACUAUAUUAAUUGCCUUAAAUGGGAUCAGAGCAGUGAUCGUACAUUUUCACAGAAAGUAAGAAAUGCUGAAAAACUUAAGCUACAGUAUCAAACAAAUAAAGUUUGACACAAGGCUUAAUCAUCAAGAUGUGUUUCUACAAUAAAGCUUACUCAAGAGUCUAAGACAAUCACUUUCAGAGCACUACACUUAUACAAUUUGUUGAUACGAUCACAAAAAAUACAGAUAAGAAAUAAUGAAUUUUAUCAAGGGUCUACAGUCUACUAAGAAAUAAUGAUCUUUUGUAACCUCUGUUGAGCUUUUACGUUGUCGUUUCGUGUUUUUUUUAGAUAUCGUAUUUGUAAUUUGUACUUAUUAAUAUCAUCAAGUAUU